AUGGGCAACUGCACCAAAACCCUUGGCAAGCGGCUCUCCAAGGUAGGGAGAAAAAGAUGGAGGGGUGGGGGGCCCCUCCCUCAUCCUCUGGAUGAAAUAGUCGAUGGCAAACAGUAUCCAUCUUUGCAGAAUUACUCAAUGCUGCAUGGCUUGGUGGGGCCAGCCUGCAUCUUCUUGCGUCAGAGCAUCGCCAUCUCAUUGAGCGACCGAAAGCUGCGAACAGAAGAAAUUGAAGAGCUCAAGGAGGCUUUUCGGGAAUUUGACAAAGAUCGUGAUGGCUACAUCAGUUAUAAGGACUUGGGAGAAUGUAUGCGAACCAUGGGCUACAUGCCUACUGAAAUGGAACUCAUAGAAUUAUCUCAACAAAUCACUGGAGGAAAAGUGGAUUUUGAUGACUUUGUGGAACUGAUGGGCCCUAAGCUGUUGGCGGAGACAGCAGACAUGAUUGGGGUUAAAGAGCUGCGGGAUGCUUUCAGAGAGGUGAGCUACAGUUAUAAGGAUGAGAGGUAG